GAAGAGAGAAUGGGCUCUCUGUGAGGACUGCUCUGAGAGGAGAAUUGAAUGCUCGAAAAAGAUCAUUCAGCUUUUGGGACUGCGAAGAUUUUGUGCUAAAACGCAUGUCGGUGAUAGACAUGUGUUUAGCUCCUUGUUCAGGCAGGCGAGUGAGUUUUGACGGGGAUUGCGGCAGGAUCGGGGUGAAAUGGAUCAUGGCGUAUGAAUUUUACGGCUUGGAUAUAAAUAAGGAGUCGGCUGCUUUCGGGUUUAUGACGGCGAACAGGAUGGCGCUCUUCAGGUGUUCUACUUGGACUUGGUGCUUCAUGAGCAUGGUCUGGAGGUUUUGUUGGGUUAUAUCUUUGUAUUUCCAAAAAUCUUCGAUAUGCAGAAAUUAUAGAUGUUCAAAUCUGGCCCCAUUAAGAAAAUUCUGGAUUCUUAGACGUUCACAGUGGCCUCGACUUUGAGAACAAAUUGUUUAGUGUGGAAGGCGCUGCUCGCGAUUUUCUGGCAGUGGCGAAUGAAGAAACCAACCUGCAGCUACGGGCUCCUUUAGCGAC